CUACGCAUGCGCAGCGGGGGCGGGUCGUGAGGUGGGACGGCCCGCGUCUUCCGUGUGCCGCCGCCGCCGCCUCAGUGUGGCUGCUGCUGCCGCUCUGGGGCUGCCUUGCCAGCCUUAGCCGCGCGAGGGGAAGGGAGGGGACCCAGGGAACGUGCGUGCGCGGGGGUCCCCGCAGUCCCAUCAGUUCCUCUCGCGCGGGGUGGGCGGCGGGGGUCAGCAGCAGUUGGGGGAGGCCCUGGACAGCGCCAUGUCGGCGGGCGGCCCGUGCCCGGCAGGAGCCGGAGGGGGCCCCGGGGGCGCCUCCUGCGCCGUGGGGGUCACCCCCGGCGGGGUAUCCAUGUUCCGAUGGCUAGAGGUGCUGGAGAAGGAGUUCGACAAGGCCUUCGUGGAUGUGGAUCUGCUCCUGGGCGAGAUCGAUCCGGACCAGGCGGACAUCACUUAUGAGGGGCGACAGAAGAUGACCAGCCUGAGCUCCUGCUUUGCGCAGCUUUGCCACAAAGCCCAGACUGUGUCCCAAAUCAACCACAAGCUAGAGGCACAGUUGGUGGAUCUGAAAUCUGAACUGACAGAGACCCAAGCAGAGAAAGUCGUACUGGAGAAAGAAGUUCACAAUCAGCUUUUACAGUUGCACUCCAUUCAGCUUCAGCUUCAUGCUAAAACGGGUCAGAGUGUUGACUCUGGUACCAUUAAGGCAAAAUUGUCUGUCCCCUCUGUGGAGGAGCUGGAAAGAGAGCUUGAAGCAAACAAAAAAGAGAAAAUGAAAGAAGCUCAACUUGAAGCUGAAGUGAAGUUGUUGAGAAAAGAGAAUGAAGCCCUUCGUAGACAUAUAGCUGUUCUGCAGGCUGAAGUUUAUGGCGCAAGACUGGCUGCCAAGUACUUGGAUAAGGAACUGGCGGGAAGGGUCCAACAAAUACAAUUACUAGGACGAGAUAUGAAGGGACCUGCUCACGAUAAGCUUUGGAACCAGUUGGAAGCUGAAAUACAUUUGCAUCGUCACAAAACUGUCAUCAGAGCCUGUCGAGGCCGUAAUGACCUGAAACGACCUCUGCAAGCACCCCCAGGCCACGAUCAAGACUCUUUAAAGAAAAGCCAAGGUGUUGGUCCAAUUAGAAAAGUUCUCCUCCUUAAGGAAGAUCAUGAAGGCCUUGGCAUCUCAAUUACAGGUGGGAAAGAACAUGGUGUUCCCAUUCUGAUUUCUGAGAUCCACCCAGGGCAACCUGCUGAUAGAUGUGGAGGGCUACAUGUGGGAGAUGCUAUUCUGGCUGUUAAUGGACUGAACCUAAGGGACACAAAGCAUAAAGAAGCUGUAACCAUUCUUUCCCAGCAGAGGGGAGAGAUUGAAUUUGAAGUAGUUUAUGUGGCUCCUGAAGUGGAUUCUGAUGAUGAAAAUGUGGAAUAUGAAGAUGAGAGUGGACAUCGUUACCGUCUGUACCUUGAUGAGUUAGAGGGAGGUAGUAAUCCUGGUGCUAGUUGCAAAGACACAAGCGGGGAACUCAAAGUGUUACAAGGAUUUAAUAAGAAGGCAGUAACUGAUGGACAUGAAAAUGGAGAUCUAGGAACUUCAAGUGAAACUUCGCUAGAAGACAGUGCUUCUAAAUUAGAUGAUCUGCACAGUCUGUAUCAUAAAAAAUCUUAUUAAAUUGACUAUAUCCCCCUGCAAGAUUGUUAAUCAGACUGUUCUGAAUUUGGGGCGCUAGGGAAGAGAGUAACAAAGACUAUACAAGAUCAAGGGAGGCUGUUUGUUGCCUAAAUGAAAAGUGGGUACCUCAGGGCUUCAUGUGAACAAUUCUAAACACGUAAAACUCCGUUUUCUGUGGUAUACCGUAAUUAACUAUUGCAUGUAAAGCAAUUUUGAUUUUCUUAAAAUUGUAAAGCACCAAAGCAUGUGUUUCCCAAAGGGAUAUUACUAGGCUCUUAAGUACCCAAUGAAGCAGUUUCGUUUGGUUCCUUUCCUUGAGUAGGACAGUGCUAACUGGAAUAUAAGAAAUAGCCUUUAAAUACAAGAGAAUAAAUGAAUUCAUAUUAUAUAUUGCAGAAUGUUAAGUACAGUGUUUCAAAGGACAGAACUUGACUCAAUGAAUUGCAGAAAUGUAGGCUUGACUUAAUUUUUUUGAAACUGAAAGAAUGGUUUUGUUUUUUUUUAAUUUAUUGUGCAUACUGAUAUCUAAAUCAGUUCUUAAUGAUCAUUUAUUGUAAUGAGUUUGCCUUUCAGCUUUAUUCGAUGCAGUACAAAGUAGUUUUCUUUAAGCAAUCCUUUAUCAAUCAAUGCUGCACUAGAAAUAGUUUUCGAAAAGUUAUUGUACAUUGUACUUUUCUGGUUUGUAAAAAACGCAGAUGAAUGUAAAAUAUCUGUUUGCAAUUAUGUUGAUCUGUGUGCAUGGUUAGUGGAGCAUUACAUUAUUACUGUUUAGUCGGAAACGCUUUUUUUCUGGGAGCCACGAAAGACAGUUUUAUACAUUUUGAGUUGUUCAUAAAGUUUAUCUUGUGGUAGUCCUGGCACUUAAAGAUACAUUUUUCUGGCAGUGAAAGCUCAAGUUGAUUACUAUGUCAACAAAAUAUGUUGCAUUCAAACAGCAGUUUUUUUCUCAGAGUAACUGACUUGCCAAUCAUCUAAAGAGCUGAGGUGCUGGUGGGCAAGAUAGAGGAAGACGUUUUGAUCCAGUAAUUGUUUUGUUUGGCUUUUUUUGUCAGUGUGAUGUGUGACUGAAGGGCUUUUCAUAUGCAAACGACAGAUUUGCUAGCUCUCUUAUCCCAGGAUGCAGCAUAGAGCGCUUGCCCUCUUAUUUACAGGCCCCUGAACCCAGCUGGGGAAAGGAAAACAUUGCAUUGGAAGAAGUGAUAGUCUUGCCAAUAUCACUGUUUUAUUAUAGGAUAUAGGUUUAAGGGGAUAUUAAGUGGGGAAAACCUACAAGGCUUUUAGAGUAUUAUCAGUAUCUUCAUUUCUAAUAUUCAGAUGUUAUGUGAUAUAAAACACAUUUUCUUGUCUUUCCUAGAUGCACUAUAUAUUUGUUCAUAGGUAAAUCUAUAAAAUGUAUAUUUUUUUUGGUGGUUUUGCUAUUUAUAAAUUUUAUGUUUUAACUGUUGCUCAUUUAUGGCUCGUUUGGGGUGGGGUUUUGUUCAUCUGUAUAUCACCAUGUUAGUUUGUAAUAGAAAUGCACUUCAUAGUAUGUUGUUAUUGAUAUUAAAAUACCUUAGCAUAACGUUGCCUCUAAGCAAAAGCUAGUAUUUAAUUGUCCCACUGAAUAAGGAAGCUACGUGUUACUGUUUGCUCCUGACAGGCUAGGCCCCUUAAAAGAAAAAAAAUGUUUUUUCCUCUCUAUUCUCCCUACUCCAAACACAUAAUCUCUAUGCAUGACAUGAGAUCUGCAGACUGGAUUUUAGCCAGUGUAUUCAUUUACUCAGAAAAAUUUCCAUUGUAACAUAUCUGAAAACUUUGUUGUUGUGACUUAAAACCAUGUUUUUCUUAUCUUUUUAAAACACAGCCUUUGGGAUGGGAUGACCAUAGCAUUUUUUCAGAGAAUAUCCUUUAUUUACUAUGACUGAAUCCUUAGGAAAUACUAGCUAAACCUUUUGAUUUUCAAGAACUAUCUAGUAAGUCUAUAAAGAGUUUCUUAGAGCCUUGAAUUGGCAUUUCUUUGAGGAUGCUGUGUACGAAGGAUUGUAUGAGAUGGGUGUGAUAUAAACUCCUGUCAAGGGCUGAUAAGCAGAAUGAAAAAUUUUCCGGGUAGUUUAAAAUUGUACAGGUCAGUUCACCUGGGUUUGCAAGGCUACGUGAGAGCAACUGUUGCUCAGAUGCUGCUGUGAGCUUCCUGUCAGGUGUUCAGAAAGGACCCAGUUAAGAGUUCAUUUUAGAAUAUAUGGUUUUGAGGGGAUAAACUAAGAGUUAUAGACUUUUUCCAAAGGACUAAAUGAGAGGCAGUUGUUAUAUUUUCACAUUUAUAGGAAAGAAACUCAUAACACUCAGGUUUCUAGGACAAAACCAAACAGAUAAGGAGAGAACUGUUGCAAAGCCAUUACAGUUAAAAAGUAAAAAGAAAAAUACACACAUGCACACACAAACACAAUAGCUGAGGAAAAACUUUCAAUAGAGUGUGAGGGUUGUGUGUGUGUGUAUAUAUUUACAUUUUAACCUCUAAAAUUCUCUUCUACAAUAUCUGUUGUGAAUGAGAUGGAAAAACAACAUUUGGGUUAUGAGACUUGUUAAAAUAAACAUAAGAGAAAUGAAAAUUUUUGAGUCUUGGUAAUUAUAACUGAACAGUUGCCAAAAGUUAGCACAGCUUGUCGUUGGUGCUGGUUUUAUUCCCCCCACAGUGGGCUUAUUUUCUUUUCAUAUUUAGAAACAAAAUAUAUUGCUUCCUGUGUGAGUUGCACAUUAUUUGACAUCCUUAUUAUGUAAUCCACUAUUCCACCUAUCCAGUCUUCCACUUAGGGUCGGCCUCAAAUCUAUAGGAUUUAUGACAAAUGUAUUAGAUCUAGUUGAGUUUCAUAUUUUUUUAUUAGCCUGUAAAUAAAGAUGGCAUUACAUUAAAAUGGUAUUGAUCUCCUU